UUUCAGCUUCUGCUUUCUCCACUCAGUCAAACAGAGCAGCAGUGUGUUCCCAUUUCUUUCACCCUACUCUCGCCUCACCAAGGAUCCUCACCCGUCCUCGGAGCCUGACAGCAGCAGCAGCAGCGGCAGCAGACAUGGAGCUCCACCACAAAGAGUUCACCGGUGCAGGCAAGGCCAGCGGCCUGCAGAUCUGGAGGAUCGAGAACCUGGAGCUGGUCCCCGUGUCUGAGGGCUUACAUGGGAGCUUUUACGCCGGCGAUGCUUACGUGAUUCUCAGCACCGUCAAACAGAGGGACAGCUGUUUCUACCACCUGCACUACUGGCUGGGAAAGGAGUGCAGUCAGGAUGAGAGCGCCGCGGCAGCCAUUUUCACGGUGCAGCUGGACGACUACCUCGGUGGAAAGCCGGUCCAGUACAGGGAGCUGCAGGGGGUCGAGUCAACAGCCUUCACCAGCUACUUCAAGGGAGGGAUCACUUACAAAACGGGAGGCGUGGCCUCGGGUUUCCACCACGUGGUCACCAACGACCUGUCGGCACAGAGACUCCUCCACAUCAAGGGCCGGCGCGUGGUCAGGGCCACCCAGGUCCCCCUCAGCUGGGCCAGCUUCAACCGGGGAGACUGCUUCAUCGUCGACCUCGGAAAUAUAAUCUAUCAGUGGUGUGGAUCCAAGUGUAACCAUUUUGAACGACUGAAGGCAGCACAAGUGGCCCGAGGAAUCCGUGACAACGAGAGAAAUGGCCGCGCAGAGCUGGUGGUGGUGGAAGAGGGAAGUGAACCGUCCACGUUGACUGAUGUCCUUGGAGUCAGGCCCGACCUGACCGAGGGAGAUGAUGAAGAUGAUACAAAGGCAGACAUGUCCAACAGGAAAAUGGCUAAACUUUACAUGGUAUCUGAUGCAUCGGGAUCCAUGAGAGUGACAGUUGUGAGGGAAGAAAACCCAUUUAACCAGAGUGACCUGCUGUCAGACGAAUGCUUCAUCCUGGAUCACGGCAAAAACAAGAUGAUAUUCGUAUGGAAAGGGCACAACGCCAACCCCAGUGAAAGAAAGGAGGCCAUGAAGACAGCUGAGGGCUUCAUCAAACAGAUGGGCUAUCCAGCAAACACACAGAUCCAGGUGCUGCCAGAGGGAGGAGAGACCCCCAUGUUCAAGCAGUUCUUCCUGGGCUGGAAAGACCGAGAUCAGAGCGAGGGCCUGGGGAAGGUGUUUGUCACGGAGCGGAUCGCCAGGAUCGAGCAGGUGGAGUUCGAUGCCUCCAAGCUCCACGAGUCCCACCACAUGGCGGCCCAGUACAACAUGGUGGAUGACGGGAGUGGGGACACACAGAUCUGGAGAGUGGAGAGCAGUGGCAGAGUCCCGGUCGACACAAAGAGCUACGGUCAGUUCUACGGUGGAGACUGUUACAUCAUCCUCUACACUUACGGGAAGAGGCAGAUCGUCUACACCUGGCAAGGAGCCAGCUGCUCUUUGGACGAGCUAACAGCCUCUGCGUUUCUGACUGUGGAACUGGAUCGUUCACUCGGAGGGAAUGCAGUUCAGGUCAGAGUGUGCCAGGGUAAAGAACCCCCCCAUCUGCUGAGUCUCUUCAAAGCCAAACCCCUCAUCGUAUAUAAGAGUGGUACGUCCCGCCUCGGAGGCCAGGCCCCUCCACCUCUGACCCGACUCUUUCAGGUUCGAAGGAACCUGGCCACCAUCACCAGGAUCGCUGAGGUUGACGCCGAGGCGACCAGUCUGAAUUCGAACGACGCCUUCCUCCUGAAGAUGGCCGAUGGGCGGGGCUAUCUCUGGAAGGGCAAAGGGGCCAGCGAGGAAGAGGUUAAAGGAGCUGAGUACAUAAGCAAAGAGCUCAAGUGCAGCAGCAACAGCAUCGUGGAAGGAAGUGAACCAGCUGGAUUCUGGGCUGCGUUGGGCGGUGAGACAGAGUACCAGACCUCGGAGCGACUGGAGAGUCGUACCAUGACUCACCCUCCACGUCUGUUUGGAUGCUCCAACAAGACCGGCAGGUUCACAGUCGAGGAGGUCCCAGGAGAGUUCACGCAGGAUGACCUGGCUGAAGACGACGUGAUGCUGCUGGACGUAUGGGAUCAGGUGUUCGUCUGGAUUGGGAAGGACGCCAACGAGGUGGAGAGGACUGAAUCUGUCAAAUCUGCCAAACAGUACAUUGAGACUGACCCUAGUGGCCGCGACAAGCUCACUCCCGUGGUGGUGGCGAAACAAGGCCACGAGCCCCCCACCUUCACAGGCUGGUUCCUGGCCUGGGACGCCUCUCACUGGGACUCUGUUGCCAGGAGUAUGAAGUCUAUGACCCUUUAAUGCUGAUUAAUACUGAUCGACCCAAGUGAAAUGUCAUCCUUCAUAUAGGCAGUGUGUGAAAAGGAAUGAAUGCAAUGUCUUCGAAGAAUUUAAUUCAUCCAUGAUUUUUAUAAAUUGAAAAUAGUAAUAAAGAACAAUUGUUGCUGUCA